UGCCUACGUAGUUGCUAAUCUUCCAGUUUGCAGGCCGCCACUGAAAACAUUUGAGCCCGCGAAGAUUGUAGUGGCUGUUCCAACACCCUGAAGAGAGAAUUAGUUAACUAUAACCAAAACUGUCACUAAGACCGUGCUCCCAAAGCUACUGCACGAACAGGUACAACAUCAGCCCUGGAUAACAUUUCACAUUCGAUUUUAUCAAGAUGAACUUAUCUUCCCACAUCUCUUCCUUGGGCGAGGAAUACAGAUCUGAGGAUUAUGUUGAACCUCACUAUAAGGAAUGGUACCGUGUAGCUAUUGAUACAUUAGCAGAUGAAGGGAUUCCUGCAUAUGAACAGUUUCUAGCAAAGGAAGGGCUGGGUGAGUUCCUGGCUGAGGAAGAGAUCUGUUUAAUCAAGGACAAUGUUCAAAAAUUACCUCCGUCCGUCACAACCUAUUAUCUGGAUGACAGUAAGGAUGGUUCAUCCUCUGGUACCUAUUGGCCUGUUCAAUCUGAUACGGAUGCUCCAGAUUUAGACUUGGGAUGGCCUUAUGUUAUUAGAGGCUUGGAGACACAAACCAAUAUUGACCUGUACUUCCAUCCGCCUCGUGAAAACUCGCCUACAAUCAAGGAGAUUGUCAGGAAAUUAAUAAAAAAUGGAAAGCAGGUCAUUGCAAUUGUUAUGGACAUCUUUACUGAUGUGGAUAUCUUCAGGGAAGUGCUCGAUGCUGCUGCAAGAGGAGUUCCAGUCUACAUCGUGCUUGAUGACUCCAAUUUCAAACACUUCACCACUAUGUGUGAGAAACAAGGAGUUCUCCUUCAAAGGCUCAUGAACAUCAGAGUUCGGACAGUCACAGGAUUGGAUUAUCUUUGUAGAUCAGGAAGCAAGUUCCAUGGAAAGAUGACAGAGAAAUUUCUUCUGGUUGACUGUAAGACAGUGGUAUAUGGAACAUACAGCUUCAUGUGGUCCUUUGAGAAGAUCAACCUUAGUAUGGUUCAAGUGAUCACUGGACAUCUGGUUGAAUCCUAUGAUGAAGAAUUUCGGACACUCUAUGCCCGAUCAGAUAUCCCUGCUACAUUUUCACCUGAAAGCUCCAGACUAUUGGUGGAUAGAAAGCAAUCAUCCAUGUGGCAAAAUAGCCUGAAUACCAAUAUUUACCAGCAUUCACUGGCUUCCUUUGCUUCAUCAUCUAACCAAUACCAGCCAUUAAGUAGGCAGAACCCCAAGCGGCAUACUCUUGACACGUUGUAUCAAAAGUUGCAUUCAAGACAAAACACUCAUCUAAAUGAGCGGAAAAAUACUGAUAAUAAAUUUAACCCACGGAGUUCACAUAUUAGACCUCACAACACAAAUGGUCUGGAUGCAGCAAACAGAAUCAAUUGCCUACAGACCUAUGAGAGAAAUGAUUAUUGGAAGCGACACAGUUACGCUGGGGAGCAGCCAGAAACAUCAUCGUAUCUUUUGCUGAAUAGGUCAGCAAACCAAAGACCCUUGUUUCAAAGAAGUGACCAGAAUCUGCUGGAGGAAAAUGAAAGUGUUACUUCCUCAUCUCGAGGUGAAUUGAUGUCCAACACCAUCAGAAACGCUCUUGAUCGCCUGAAACAUAAGAGAAUAACACCGCACUUCGAUAGGAGCUCCAAUAUUCGGAGUACGUAUCAUGGGCCCAAAACUUUAAACCUGCCUUCCACCCAUAAGCUCCCAACCAUAGAAAAUAUGAAAAGGACGGGUUUGCGAAACUGGCGAAUUGAAAGCUACUUAAAUGAUAAAGUUGGACCAGCGGUAAAUUCUAGCACAGAGUCAUUUGACGACACCAACCUGAUUACAACAGACAGGUUUGAAAACCCAACAGGCUCCAACAUCCAUGGAAAUUUAGACAUAGUAAACAGAACAGAGAUUAAAACAAACCCCAGUUUGUCACAUUCCCGGCUGCGUUCUUCACUGGUUUUCAAGACCUCUAUGAUGGGUCAGGCUGACGUCUUCAGCCCUACUUCUGAAUCAACAGCUUCGACUAUUAGCUCAUGGUCAACAACUCCUCGGGAGCAGACAUCGAACAAUCCCGGAGAUUCAUGGAUGAACACUGAUAAACAGCAGUCAUCAGAUGAACUGAAAACUCCAAGUGUGGCAGGUAUACAGCGGCAAUCCAGUUAUUCACCAUCAUCUCAAAAUGAAACUGAGAUGAAUCACAAUCUUAAUCAACACAAUCAGAGCUUCCAAGCACAUCGGACAGAUCAAAACAAGGCUCCAGAUGCUGGACAGGAAUCUGGACACUACACACUGCCAAAGACAAAAUUUUAUUCGCCUUCUGCCAGGACUUUGUCAAUCCACUCACUAACUGAGACAAAGGGAGAUGAAUCUCCCAAGAUCUGGCCUCUUGGGAAGGACAGAAAAAGUCAUGAGCAUCCGACAAAUUUCCUCACAAGAAGUUCAGAGAAGAUCAAAUCCCUAUUGAGCUUAUCGCACGAUAAAAGAGAUAAUCAGCCUAGGAGUAGAGGGUCGGUUGCAUCUAAUAAAACAAAUAGCAGUACUGACACUUUGACCUCUGAGAAUGAUCAGCAAGAAAGGAGAAAAAUAACAAAAUACAUGUGGAAUGAGCAAAAAGAGAAAACAUCAAGUACGUCAUCAAAUUCUGUGAACACUCCAAAAUUUGAUCGUGCCAACAAACAAGAACAAUUAAACACAAGUGGUUAUUUGCUUGGGAAGGAUGGCAUGAGGCAGGGAGAUGCAUCGGCUCCAAGAUUUGCCACUGAACAACAAUCAGACAUAGGCAACAGGGAACAGAAAGCACACUCCAGCCCCUCUUCUCUCGUGAAGAAAUUGAAAUCGGAAGAAUCUAAAAACAACAUUUAUACAACAAUGACGACCAACCAACCUAUAGAGCGACGAGUUUAUAGUCGUUUUGAGAAAGUUUACAUGCCACAAUCUAGUAAUCUGAAAAACGAAAGAACUGACCCCUCUUACAUGCCAGCAAAGCCCAAUAAUAGCAAUAACGCUUUACCCAGUGAGCAGUCAUACCGUCAUUCAAGAUUCCUGUCAUCUCAAGGGAACCACAUACGCCAAGCAACCCCUCACAAUGAAAAUAAGUUUGAAAAAUUUGUGCAGAAGUUUGUGGGUUCAUUCAAAUCCAAAAAGUAAGGAGCCUUAAAAUUCCUUUGUGGUGAUAUAAUAAAUGAGCACGUUCCCCUGAACUUCCGCAUGCUGCUACUUUAAUGAGUGUUUAACACAUUUUUUUUGCGACAGCCACAUUGAAAUAGUGCUAAGAAUGCACUAUACCAUCAUUGCACCAAAUUCCAUGUAAUUUCAACACCAACACGUAUGUGUAACUUUCAAUGAUGGUGCACAAGAAAUAAUGGAAGAUGAAUUAUUUUGGUCGAUUGCUUCUGUGCUUUUAGAUUGCUUUCAAAAAUCAACGUGAGAAGCUCAGGACAAUAUGAAAGUACAGAUUAGGAGCAGUAGUAGACAAUUCGGCCCCUACUGUGUCAUUCUGUAAGAUCCAUUCCUGAUCUGAGUAUGACCUGCAAACCACAUCCCCAACCAUCCCUGAAAACCUUCUUCACCCUCGCCCCCCUCACAUAUUCUUAACAAGAAUCUAUCUAAUUGUACCUUGUAGAUAUUCAAGGGCUCUGCUUUCACCAUCUUUUCAGGAAGGGAUAUUGAACACUGACAAUCCUCUGAGAUAAAUGUUUUGCUUCAUCUCUGUUUUGAAUGGGCAAGCCCUGAUUUUUAAAAAGUGACACCCUAGUUCUAGAUUCUCCCAUCUGAAGAAAUAUUUUCUCCACAUCUAACCUGCCUCAGGAACGUAUCUGAUAAUGUUUGCAUGAAUUCCUUUAAACACUGAAUGUCUUUCCCACCUUCAAAUCCCUCUGCUUUUUUGUGCCUCUGCAUUGCCUUAGACUGUAAAGAACGUAAAUGGAAAGUUGAGAGUCGCAGAGAAUGCUCUCAUUGCUGGUGUUUGUUGACAAACUGAAAAUGUUUAUUUUGGAGAUUGGACUAUCACUGAAAUAUUAAAUUUGUACAAGCACUGAAACUUUUCAAUCUGUUAUCAUAUAAAUACUUCAGACUUGUUACUUGUAAAGUAGAGAUCAAUACAAUUCACAGAGAAAGUUGAAAUGUUUUUGUUAUUGGUUCUAUAUUUUGUACAGUAGUAGUAUUUUAAAUACUGGGGUUGAAAU